AUGAAAGAAUCAAACGACAAAAAUACAAAGGCAAUUAAUGCAGAUAUUCGCAACCUUUGGUCAGAAAGUAUUCAUUACCGUGAUCAACGUCAAAAAUUUGACAAGGCUGAUGAAAUUUAUGACUUUAUUAUUGUUGGAGCUGGAACUGCCGGAUGUGUAUUAGCAAGAGAACUGAUUUAUAAUAUUCCCAAUGUUAAUAUUUUGGUAUUAGAAGCUGGUCCACCGAAUUCACAAAUUAAUGAUUUAAUGCGUUUACCUUGUACCUUUCCUUUGGCUUAUCGAGCACGUAUGGUAGAUUGGGGAUAUCAAACAGAAGAUCAAAAAAUGCCCAGCAUUAUCGAACCUACAAAAGUAUUAUUAAAUAAAGGGUUCCCUUAUCCACGUGGCAAGGUAAUUGGAGGAUGCAGUCAAAAGGCUGAUUACGAUGGUUGGGCGGCCCUAGGUCCUGAAUACAAAAUUUGGGAUUACGAUCAUUGUCUUGAGGCUUUCAAAGCCAUUGAAAACAAUGCUCGUAAAAACACUAACGAAGAAUUUAAAAAGUAUCAUGGAUUUAAUGGUUUACUUCAUGUACAAGAUAGUCCAAACGAUAAUUAUGAGAUUGCAAAAGAUUUCAUUAAAGUUGCAAAAAAUCUUGGCAUUCCUUAUAAUAACGAUUUUAAUGGUGCUAGACAAAAUGGAAUAGGAAAAUUUCAGACCACAACACAAGAUGGAAAUCGUUGUUCGCUGGCUGAUAGUUAUUUGACAGAUGCAUUGAAAAAGGUUGAAACGUACCCUCCAUUAAAAAGAUUAGGUCCUCCUUAUGGAUUGGCCAGUGGCGUUGCAAAGAUCGUUGCUGUUAAUGUCAAAUCAUCUGCUCACAUGUUGAAUAUUAUUUGGGAUGAAGAAAAGAAAGAUGAAAAUAUAGCAAUUGGCGUUAAGUAUUUCUAUGACGGUGGAGUUCAUAAUGCUUUCAUUGCUCCUAAGGGAGAAGUGAUUAUUUGUGGUGGUGCUAUUAAUAGCGCUCAGAUCUUGAUGCUAUCAGGAAUCGGUCCGAAAAAUAAUUUGGAAGCAAAUAAUAUCAAAGUUCGUAAAGAAUUACCGGUUGGACGUAAUCUACAGGAUCAUCCUGUGUGUACGGUUACUGGAAAAAUUUCUAUUCCAAAUAAUGCAAGCAUUUCUCAAUUUAAUUCUUGGUGUAAUGGAUUUAAACUUGGAAUUUUCCAUAAAGGUAAUGUUAAAGGAAAAUUCCCCAGUCGUGAAGAAUUCCUUAAUGAAAAUCCCGAUAUUCAAGUUUAUGUAGGAGCAAAUGUAUAUGAUCCUAUUAUUAAUGCUUAUGUCACUAAACAAUCUCCUCCAAACUUUGAAACGGUUACUCUGCUCUCUGUUUUAAAUUUCCCGUCGAGUGCCGGACACCUGGAAUUAUGUAGUUCUAAUUCAUUUAUGCAACCAAAAAUAUUUCUCAAUUAUUAUUCAAAAUCUGAUGAUUUGUAUAGAAUGAUGAGCUCUUUAAAAUUAUCACGUGAAAUUCUUAAACAACCUCCAUUAAGUACUGAAUGGGGCAUAAAAGAACUUGCAUUUAAUGAUGAAUUUGGAAAAUGGUGUAGUGUGGACAAUGAGAUGAGAGAUGAAGAUUGGGAAUGUUAUAUUCGUGGAAAGUCAUAUACAUCAUUUCAUCCAUGCGGUACCGUUAAGAUGGCACCAGAAUCCCAAGGAGGAUGUGUUAAUCAUCGACUUCAAGUAUAUGGAACAAAAAAUCUUCGAGUUGUUGACGCUUCAGUUUUUCCAAUUAUUCCAAAUGGUAACACUAAUGCUCCUACUGCCAUGGUUGCAUGGAGAGCAAGCAAGAUAAUUAAAGACGAUUAUCCCUUAAACAGUAAAUUGUGA